CCUGCGGGCGGAAUGACGUUAUGCAAGGCGGAGGGUGCUCUCCGCCCGUCAAAAAAAUUAUGCGCGGGGCACCGAACACUCCCACUUGAUUUCCUCCCCACUUGUCAUAUCUCUGCUUUCUUGUGUUCACAUUUCAUAGCAUUUACUUUACGCUCAACCGUCAAAAUGUCGAAGCCAUUCAACCCCGAGGAGGCGGAGAAUCUGGAGGAUAUGGAGAAGCAGUUCGCCGUCAAAGCGGUUGAACAUCUCAUGACAUACUGGGCUAUUUUGGAGAAGGUCAAGGGCUCGCAGCUUCGCUUGACCAAGCAGGACGAUGAUAUCUACAACUCUUUCAUGGAAGCAUUCCCCGAUUUCGAUCCCGCCGGGACCCUCGUCGAGGACGAGAUGAAGAGCAAGGCCGGCAAGGAGAAGUGGCGCACCUGGAUGAUGAAGUGGGACAAGAUCGAGGACUUCAACUUUGGCACCAUGCUCCGUACCCGUGCGGAUGCCGAGUAUGAUCAGGAAACCACCAUUUUCGGUGUGCGCAUGCAGUUCUAUGCUGUUGAGAUCGCUAGAAACCGCGCCGGUCUGAACGAUUGGAUUUACGAGAAGGCCCAAAAGGCCAGCUCUUGAUUACAAAUUGUGUCUCAUUGCUGCUGUUUUUGAAAUCGAGGACAGUUCCACAUCCGGGCUGAUCUGGCCGACGGCAUUUGCCUGUUUCCUUGUGGCGCAGAUAAUGAACGGCCUCAAGGCUGUGAUAUUGAUUACAAGACCUCGCAGUAUCAUGGUUUGAGGUUAAUUGUUACGAUAGAAGCGUGGUCAUACCCAUAAAUAUGUGGUUCUGAUUUAGGAUCGGACCAUCAAUCGCGACUCAAAUGUAGACUGGCUGUCCGUUAGGACUUGGGCGGUCUUUCGACAUUGAGUGCGAAAUAUACCCUGAAUAAAAUGUCAUUUCCAUUGGUCCUUUGUCUAUAUUCUUGACCACUAUUGUCUAUGUGGGCUGAUUUGCU